GAAUCCGUGUAAUGUACGUUUGGAAACUCAUAACUGAGUUUUUAUUAUCCGAACUGCGGUCGGAGGAUUCAAGAGAAAAAUGAUACAAUUGACGAAGUCUUUAAAUUGAAGAAACGUUCGAUCGCGUCACAAUUUCAUAAAGUCUCGCAAAAUCCUAUAGAUUGUAAAAUUAUAAGAUAUAAUAUAAAAAAAAAAAAAAAAUGCAUCGAGGAGACAGGAACACUGGAUAGUGUUCGGUAUAAAUUGCACCCAUGUUAAAGAAGAAACAGUUGCAUCAAAUUAUGUAUCAGCUUACAAUGAGACAAAACGUACAAACUCGCUCGACUUCAGUUUUCUGAAAGGGAAUAAUUAGCGAACAAACUUAUACUACCAGAACCAUUUCAUUAUAAUUAUCGCAGCUGUUUUUAUUCCUGGGAUAAACAAAAUUUUACCAUAUGUAUGUGUAUCUAGGUAUUACUCUCAAUUUUUUGCAACUAGUAAUUAGUCGAGCUAAUAUGUUUUUUAUUCGGCUACUAGUACAACUUUACAAAAUUGACGGUCGUAACGAAUUCUAUUAUAUCAAACUCAGGUCUCAGAAGAACCGCGUCACUUAUGACCUGAUAUUGUCCUCCUUAUGCCAUUAUAUUCUCCUUAUAUCAUUAAUAUCGAUAUCACGAUUCGAUAGAUCAUACAAAUUUAUAAUUAAAUAUAAAGUAAUCAGAUAUUUUUGAAGUCAAUCGUAUCGAACUGAUCGUCUCGAUUUAUAUAAUUAAAAAAAAAAAAACAUUCAGCCCGGUUUGAGGAACUUUAUCAGAAAUAGUAGAAAAUUCGUAUAUUCGUGAUUUGAACAUAAGAAGCACGAUACGGAUCGAACAGAUCCUAGCGACCUGAAGAAAGAAGAAUCAUCGCUCCUCUAUCUUUACUCCAAAGUUUUCCUCCUAUUGUUUCGUACGCGACUCGAAAACGCGAUGAGGAUCGCCCCGUACUUUCCGGAUCUGGGCUCGAUUGUCAUUCGGUUCGUGUUCUCCGAUUACGAAACAGUGGCGGGAAGAGAAGUGUCGGUCAAAAGCUUGGCCAGAACGAGGAAUUGUUGCUAUAUAUUCUGUAUUUAUUUUCGUCGUCAUUUCGAUAAGACUUCGCGGUGUGUACCGAUAAAAUUCGCGUGGACGGUCGAUCUAUCGACGAAGAGAGAGAGAAAGAGAAUUCUUUUGUGAUCGUCGUUUCACGCGAAGAAGAUUCUCUCUGCUUCGUCCCGUUUCCUCGAACCGAGCCGAAUCGAACGUUCGUCUCCGAUCGCUUGCUGGUCUCUCGUCAUCGAUGUUGCGGCGACUGUUGAAACUAAAGGUGAUAGCACCGCCUGCCACGCCGCUGCAAGACUUCACCUACCAUUGGAAACAGCUUAUGAACUUUUAUGUGAACCACCUGACAGAUUGCAAGGUGCCCAUACAGUCCACGGGUAUACCACGACAUUUAGACAGAUUACUGGAAAUAUUGCUGGAAGAGGAGAAAGACGAAAACGAACCAGGACCAUGUCUCGAAUACCUGUUGCAACACAAGCUACUGGACCUGCUGGCUACGCUCGCCAGCGCGGAAACUCCACCCGGUAUGAGAACCAUUUGCCUGUCUUUUUUAAGAAAAUUGCUGGGUAGAUCUAAGUACCCACUGCUGCAUCACACGUCGAUUUAUGGACCAGUGCAACGAUUGAUCGCUCUGUGCAAUGGAAACCCACCAUCGCCUAUGGAAACUGAGGAGGUCCAGUUCCUUCUCACGCUUUGCUUUCUAGUUUGCAAGUACCCUCACGUGACCAACAUAAUAAACGAUGCACCGACUGUUCAGAGGCAUAACGCCUCUACCAGAAGGAAUUCCGAAAGGAUGGAAGUGGAAAAAGUUACCUACGUCCCAAACAGAAGAAAAAAUAACUUUAAUCCCUUAUUCGAACCACUGGACACUCAGGCGGUUACGUUGAUAAAUCCCGAUUUGUUUAGCUCGGAAAAUGGUAGGAGACGGUCUGUGGAGACUAACAGACCGCCCAGUAAGAAUGGAACGAGGGGAUCAUCUAGUCAAUCGAACGAUUCGAUAUCUUCCAGGGAAGUGGAGAAUGCCUCGCAAUCUUCUAGUCCGGUAAUCGAGAAACCGAUUUGCGAUGAGAAUUCGGGUGUCACGGUACAAUCUUCUGACUCUCAGGACUGCGACAUCUCUCAAAAAGGCGAAAACGUCGUUCUAAUGAACGAGAUAGAUACACAUUUGCAGAAUCUCCAGGAUUUACGAUUGGACGUUGAGUACGGGGCUGCUUUCGAGGAGUCUAAUUGCGCAGAAGGGGAUCAGAAUCUUCUGAGACCGGAAACGCCACAGAAAUCAAAAUGCCUUCUAUUAGAUGCCUUGUUGAGUUACAUAAAUAGCGCGGAUAAUACCGUGAGGAUAAGAGCCUGCGAAGGAAUAAUGGUCCUUGCAUCCUUGGAGGAUCCAUCGUUCGCACAAAUGGUAGCAAACAGUGACUUAGUAACCCUGAUACCAAAUAGAUUAGAGAACCUGUUCAACGCCAUCCCAGCGCAUGUCGAUCCAGCAGAGAUCGACGGCGUGGAUGUUACUUGGGGUUUAGAUUCGCCAAUGUGGACGAAGGAGAAAAAAUUUUCUGGCUGCAGACAGGUUGCUGCGUUUUUCAUGUGGUUUGAUUACUGCAAUCAAUUGAUAAGGGAAGCGCAUCCAGACGUGGCAAACGCGUUGGCGAAGAACAUUAAAGUGAAUUUCUUAGAGAAAAUUGUGACACCAGCCCUAGCUGAACAUCAUGUUGUUCUUAUCACGGCAUUGAUUACGAAAUGCUUGAAGGAACUAACAUCUAGCACCUUAUGUACAGAAAUAAGUUACUGGCUCGUGGGUCACGACAGAGGCCCAGAGAUACCAAACGUAUGGACGUCACCUGUACUACACAGGCUGAUAGACAACUGCUUCACGGACAGUGACGAUUUAACGCUGGAAACAUUAAAGCUGUUCGAGGAGAUGAUAGAGAAACGAAAUGAACAUAUACUGCACUGUCUCGUAUUAGUAUAUUUGUCAACACGAGGCUAUUACGACAACACCGCGGCGGAUAGUGCAAUUGCAUCCUGGAGCGACGAGGAAGACGAAAGAGAAAGAGAAAAGAAGAAGGGUUCGCUAGACCUCUCCUACGAGCAAAGUCAUAGUCGAACAUUAGCACCUAGUAAUAUUCAUAGAAUUAUAAAUUGUUUCCUGUCCCUGAUUCCUCGUUAUCUACAAACAGACACGGACGUGAACAAUUACGAACGGUAUAUGGCUGACUUGGAAAGGCAGUAUUCUAUUGUGCUGACAGACUGCUCGCUAAUGGCCUGGCCGCUAGAGGCAGUAACCGUGGAUGAUUCUGCGAGUUCCGAUUCCAGGCCGGAAGCAGACCAUUGUUCCAUAAGAUUUUACAUGGGGCCGUUUAUGACGAUGCUUUUUGAGAAAGUGGCGAGUAUUCCAAGGCAAAAGUACGAGGUCAACCUGCAACUGACGGUGGUGAUCUCGAGGCUUGCGCUUUUACCUCAUCCGUACCUGCAUGAAUUUUUACUGAAUCCGUUGCUACCAGUAGCACCCGGCACGAAGAACUUGUUCACCUGCUUGCAAAAAGUUGUCAAACAGCUGGUGAACGAGGUACCAAAGACGCCGGAUCACAAGCAAAUGCUGACAGAGACACGAGAACGAUUACUCGAAGAUUGUUCACACGAAGGAGAGAAGGAGAAUAUCUUGUUCGAAAGCGUGAUCGUGACAGAAGAAUUUUGCAAGGAACUGGCUGCGAUAGCAUACGUAAAAUAUCAUCAUUCUAUGUGAUAAUUGUUAUCAAAGAGAGCGAUGUAAAUUAUAGAAUUUAAUUACAGUACUAUGGAUGAGUAAAUUUACUUAAUGAUCGAUCGUCAGUCUAGAUACGCUUAAAUAGAAAAUUGUUUUUUGUGAUGAAUUUGUAAAAUAUACGUAUAUACCUUAUGUUAAGUAUAGCUAGUAUUAUAUUAAUGUUAAUGUUUACAAUCACUUAUUUGCACAAUUCGACUUGUGACUCUAAUAAAGAAACUACUGAAAAGUCA